CGUGUUUCAGUCAACGACUAACCACCAUUCAGUUUGGAGUGUAAUUGUGCAGUUUUGCAAUCAUAUUUUUCCAAAAUUUGUGCUAAGAGUGAAUCAAAGACUAGAACUCAACGCGAACUAGUGACACUUUACCAGAUUAAUAGAGUUAUUGCCAUCAUACGAGAUAGUGGAGCAAUAGUUAUAAAAUAGCUAGCGCUGGGAAAUUCACAUCAGUUUUCAUCCGGGUUUUCGACGGUUCCGUACUUGCUCUGUGCGUAAACAGAAGAGACGAGUGACAAAAGGGCUCCGGUUCGUAGAGUUAGUCCUAGUUAAGUGUUAUUAUUUGCCAUUUACUAGUAUAAAACAUAACCAGGCAGAAAUCGAGGAACCGGUGUAAGAACCAGCGGCAAUCACAACCUCUUCUGUGAUUACAUCACUGCGCUCGUAACUUGGAUUGGGACUGCGGGGAGCAGGAGCGCUAGCAAUUGCCUCGUAGUUUCGUCGCAAUAAGCGAAACGGUUGAGAUAGAAAAAUCGUCCAACUUGCGAAAUUGUUUCUGUGCAAGGAAAUGUGACUCUGAGGUGUUGAAAUUGGACUCGUUCGAUGUGCUUUGGCAACAAAUAACCAGAAACGUAAAUAAUAGAGAAAUCGCAACAUACCAGGUUGGGAAAAUCAUUCGAAGAAGGACGGCUUUAAAAGCAUUAUUGUUGGGAACAGUAAAUUUUAGAUAUAAGCAUAACUGUGAGUGUAGUUGUGUGCUUUAAGUUUCACUUGACGAUACACGGUAAAAGGAGCGAAGCAUAAUUUUAAACCCGCUACGAAGUAUGACACAGCGAGAACGAGAUACUUUUAUUCAUCUGUUUGCUGGAGGUAUCGCAGGUACCGCUGGUGCAGUAGUAACAUGUCCGCUGGAAGUGGUCAAAACGCGCCUGCAAAGUUCGUCUGCCUCGUUUAUCCACAGUGUACCCGCCCGCAUCGCAGCGGACGCUGGUAAGCUGACGACUGCCGGCCCGGACCAUCAUCUGCGUAACCACAGUGGUUCCAACGUUGACCACCAUCACGCUCAUAGCCAUUCCAGACAGCGAGUAUGUGCCAGUUCGAUACUAAGUCGCCGACGUCCAUCGGUCCUUGCUAUCCCACAGUGUGGUAUUUCCACGUCGGUGCAGUCGAUCUCCAUUUGGCACUGCUUGAAACAUAUUGUCCAAACCGAGGGUUCGCGCGCUUUGUUCAAAGGCCUGGGACCGAACAUUGUCGGCGUUGCUCCAUCCCGUGCCAUCUACUUUUGUGCGUACUCGAAAGCCAAGAACGCACUGAAUGCUGUUAGCAUUAUCCCGACCAACUCGCCACUGGUGCACAUCAUGAGUGCCUCCUGUGCCGGAUUUGUAUCAGCCUCGCUCACCAAUCCAAUCUGGUUCGUCAAAACGCGUCUGCAGCUGGACUACAACGCCAACGGUAAGAUGACUGUGUCCGAGUGCGUGAAACGAAUCUAUGCGAGUCAGGGAUUGCGAGGCUUCUACAAGGGCAUAACCGCCAGCUACUUUGGAAUCUCAGAGACAGUGAUCCAUUUCGUCAUCUACGAGGCGCUGAAGAAAAAACUGACCGAACUGCGCCACACACGUCCUGGAGAUGAUAAAACAUCUCGAGAUUUCCUCGAGUUCAUGGCAGCCGGUGCAACCUCGAAGACGAUUGCCUCCAUAGUAGCCUAUCCACACGAAGUUGCUAGGACCAGACUACGCGAAGAAGGAAACAAGUAUCGCAGUUUCUGGCAGACAAUUUUUACUGUGUGGAAGGAGGAAGGCAAGGCUGGACUUUAUCGUGGUCUCGGUACACAAUUGGUGCGCCAGAUUCCAAACACCGCUAUCAUGAUGGCGACCUACGAAGCUGUGGUAUAUGUACUUUCGAACCAGAUGAAUCCCAGCAGUCUGAUGGUGGGCAACUGAGAGCGGGACUGCGGCCAAACCGUCGACCAAAGUUGUGUAGGCGGUAAAGCUAGUCAUCGUUUUCCUGCCUUAGCUGCACUACUGUUUCAUGAUGAAACCAGAGCUGCCGAGGAACGUGAAUCGGCGUUUGUUGUACAUUGUAUAUGUGAUUUCUUCAUAGAUCUGUAAGAUCUAUGCGUUGAAAGAAGAGAGAGACUGGCUGAGUUACAAUAGUAGUAGUUGAGAUGUGGUGUCCAUAUUUGUUUAAUCUUUCGUUGAUUUGUAAAAACCAUGUUAAAAAUAUUUAUACUAGAUUGGUUAUAUUUUUCGAUGCAGCAGUAGGAGAAAAACGAGCCCCUAAUAUUCGAAGAAGAAGAAAAAUCUUGUAGCUUAAGAAAAGAUUACAAAUCUUGAAUGACUGAGAGACUGAAUGUGUUAUUGUUUCAGCAACUAUUAUUUACUAUUAUUUACUAUAUUUUGCAUUCAUUUUUCGGUUUUACGGAAAUUUUUUUUUUGCCUAAUCUUUAAUAUACUUUAGUGUUACCGACGGAGAAACAGUAAGUCAAUCCCGAACUGUUUUCUGUUAUUUUGAACCCUUUAAUCGUUUGGUGAAAAGCACGAAGUUGAUAAAGAAAUUAUAUUAAUUUUUUUAGUACAAACUUCAGUUCGCUUUUUCAGACGCUCGAGUACAAAUAGGUAGAGUUUAAGUUCAAGAGCGCAUAUGCAGCUCCCGACAAGCCAAAUUAAACUAAAUCUAGGGACAAGCAAAUCUAUGUAAGGAAGCACAAUAUCUGCCAUCAACGCAGAAUAGCAUUUCUAGGGUUUCCGAUUCAAUUAGGAUUCACAACGUAUAUAAUUUGAUCUGGCGCUGGACAUAUUUGUUCAGAAGCGAGUAUGUACGCUUGUGUCAGUCGAUGGGUUGCAACUCUUAGCAAACUAUCGAGUGAUACAGGAUUCAACGUAUGUAAGGCUUCUGCUAUGAAACUUUCCAUGUGAAAAAAGAAAAUAACAAAAAAAAAAAAAAAACAGGACGUAUUACCCUAGACUUUGAAUUUGCCAAAGGAUUAGUUUGGUUUCGUUUUAAAUGUAAAUAAUAUCAAACCUCAUAUUUUUAGUAGAUAGAUAAUACAAUACAAGGACUGGAAACGUCUUGGUCGUCCAAUAGUCGCAUGUUUCGUUGUCUGUAACCUCCAAAUACGUCUGCUACCCUCAGUGCAAUAUGUAUACUUUAAACGAAUCUUUUUACGCAUAUAUUUACAGUACUUCACUCGUGAAAAAUAGCUGUUCAUCAGCGGAAGUUGCAUAGAGAGGUUUUGUGGAGGGUAAUAUGUUUGUGCAUUUCAAUUCUUUUGAUCAAUUCACAAUCUUUUUGGCGACUGGACAACUAUUAGAUGCUGUGAUCUGUAAUUAUGUAUGUAGUGUAUACAAUUGAAUAAGGGGUUUAUUUGGUCUUUUUCUCAAACAGAAGCUUACAGUGGGUACAUACGCAUAUACAUAUUGUUUCGAAAAAUAACUUCAAAUAGUAAAUUAGUUUUAGGACUGUAUGAAAUACACAAAUAACGAACGUUUAUGAAAAGUGUGUAGCUCCUCAUCAUUUAUCAAAUAAUCCAGAAACUAG